GUUUUAAUUUGGCAUGGUUUCGGCCACCUUUUUUGCCGGCUCGGUGUUGACAGGACCCCAAGAUGUCCAUGCUCGCGGAACCCCGGAGGAAACAGAAGUGGUCAGUUGACCCAAGGAACAGCGCCUGGAGCAAAGAUGACAACAAGUUUGGGCAGAAGAUGCUGGAGCGAAUGGGCUGGUCCAAGGGCAAGGGCCUGGGAAGAACCGAGCAAGGCGCCACAGAACACAUCAAAGUCAGAGUAAAAAAUGACAGCUAUGGUCUUGGAGCCAAUGCCAGUCAUGAGGAUAACUGGAUUGCCCAUCAGGAUGAUUUCAAUGAGCUUUUGGCUCAACUCAACAGUUGUCAUGGUCAGAACAACGGUAAUGAAUCUCCUCCAGAGGAGCAGAAGGGGUUUAGCCUGGAAGAGAAGUCCAAAACCGCCAGAAAGAGGGUUCAUUAUAUGAAGUUCACUAAAGGAAAGGACCUUUCUUCUAGAAGUGAAAAAGAUCUCAACUGUAUUUUUGGGAAAAGAGGUCCAUCAAAGGAACAAGAUCAGGAGAGCAACAGCAGCGAAUCUCAAGACGAAAAAGAGCAGGCCACCGUCAUAGCGCCGACUGAGCUCGACACAGAGUCCAUCACAAACACUGUCACCAGCAGCCUCACCAUGCAGGAGUACUUUGCCCAGAGAAUGGCCCGUUUGAAAAAGGUGCAAGCCCUCAGCUCAGACGUAAAUGAGAGUUCUGGUGAAAACAGUCCUACGCAUGACACCAACAACUGCAGCGCGGAGCAGCCGAAGAAGAAGAAAAAGAAGAAGGAUAAAAAAGCAGCAGAUGAAGCUGAAGUGUCUGAGGAGAAGUGUGAUGCUCCAGUAUCGGAGGAACAUAAAGAACCAGAGCAGAGAAAUCCUGAGAAGAAAAAGAACAAAAAAAGAAAAAUGCAUGAAAAUGAGCGACCUCUGACCUUGGAAGAAGAGAUGCCUUCAUCCAAAGAGAAAAAAAAAAAGAAACAUAAAGAUGAGACAGAAGAAAUAAAUGGACAUUUAUUGGCUGAAGAUGACAAUUUGCAGUCUGAGGUUAAUAAGGUACAGAAUCAUGACCAAGUGGAAAGUGUUUUCGCAAAGAAAAAAUCCAAGAAGGACAAGAAAAGUAAAAGAAGAAAACAAUCUGACACAAUGGAAUAAACAGUAAUAUAAACUUUUAUUUCAACUCAACACUUUUAGCAUGCAGGAAAGAUUGUUUUCCUAAAAAUGAAUUUGAAAAUAUUACCAAUAUUACAAAAUGGUGCCAUAGUCAAAGACGAAAUGAAAUUAUACCUUAUAAAUACGUUUGAUUAAUUUGUGUAACAUGUCACUUGACAACUUUGUAUUCAUGUAGUUACAUCAUUCAUAUUUUGAAUGGAGGAAUAAACUGAAUGAUGCAAUAUCAUCGACAUCGCCCACUCACACUCAAGAUUAAAUAAACCAAAAAUGGCCUUGA